CUCUUCUGCUACCAUAACUGGGAAAUUAAAAAAUUCCAGUCCAUCUUCCUUUUAAAGCGGAGAAAAAGGGCUUUGAUUCUCCCAUUUUGCAGAACCAUGAAUCCUAGACGGGACAUGCGUAACAACAGAGUUGCACUUUUUGACGGCAUCGAGGAGGGUAGCAUAAGGGCCUCAUCUUCUUACUCACACGAAAUCGAUGAGCAUGAAAAUGAAAGAGCAAUGGAAGGAUUGCAAGAUAGAGUGAAUCUGCUGAAGAGACUGUCAGGUGAUAUACAUGAGGAGGUGGAUAGUCACAAUCGCAUGCUGGAUCGGAUGGGAAAUGAUAUGGAUGCAUCCAGGGGAAUACUCUCAGGAACCAUGGACAAGUUUAAGAUGGUAUUCGAGACCAAAUCAAGCAGAAGAAUGUUUACACUGGUGGCAUCUUUUGUGGUUAUUUUCCUUGUCGUAUACUAUCUUACUAAGUAACCGAUCUAUGAUGUUUUUGCUGAUAACUUUAUGUGACAAUUUGAAAGACCCUCUUUAUACAUGG